CAAACGGUGGAAAACCGUCGAAGGUCUUAUCUAUCAUAAACACUUGUGGCCUUUUCGAAAGUCAAAAACAGCCUCUGUCUUCUUCGGCGUAAAUUCCAAGACAGCAGAUCGUCCUGUCCUUCCUUCUCCUCCAAAUUCCCGGGUUCGGUUCCCAUCCAGAUGGAUUCGGGUCUCAGUGAUUGGGUCAAGUACUUGGAGGAGGAGUCAUACCCAGUUCCCAGAGACUUCUUGGCCCUUCCCUUGUUUGUUCUCCUCUUCCCUACACUUAGGCUCUUCCUUGAUAACUUCGUCUUUGAGAGAUUAGCAAGAUUGCUUAUUGUUGGAAAGGGACAGAAGAAAGUUGAGACACAUGAUGAGCGGAAAAAAAUUACUAAAUUUAAAGAGUCGGCAUGGAAAUGCCUAUACUUUUUUUCCGCAGAGGCUUUGGCGCUUUCCAUAACAUACAAUGAGCCUUGGUUCUCAAAAACAAAACACUUUUGGGUAGGGCCUGGCGAUCAGGUUUGGCCCGACCAGAAAACGAAAUUAAAAUUGAAGGCACUCUACAUGUAUUCUGCUGGGUUUUACAUGUACUCCAGCUUUGCUUUGGUGUUUUGGGAAACAAGGCGUUCUGACUUUUGGGUAUCAAUGGCUCAUCAUGUAGCAACAACAAUAUUGAUUGUGUUCUCUUACACAGCGAGGUUUUCCCGAGUUGGUUCAAUCAUUUUAGCCCUCCAUGAAGGAUCUGAUGUGUUUUUAGAAAUUGCGAAACUGUCAAAAUAUUGUGGCUUAGAACUGAUUGCUAGCGUUUCUUUUGUUAUCUUUGUUCUUUCUUGGACAGUUCUACGUCUUAUUUACUUUCCCUUCUGGAUAAUUUGGAGUACCAGCUAUGAAUCUCUUUUGAAUUUGGACAAGGAAAAGCACAUGGUGGAUGGAUCUAUAUACUAUUACUUGUUUAAUACUCUUCUAAUUUGCUUGCUCAUUCUUCAUAUUUAUUGGUGGAAGUUGAUGGUUUGGAUGCUCAUAAAGCAAAUCCGCUCAUGGGGGAAACUUGAUGAUGAUGUUCGAUCUGAUUCCGAAAGUGAUGAUGAUGAACACGAUGAUUGACAUUAAGAAGAUAGUUUUAAAUGUGAGGCACCUCUGUAUUCUCAAGGUUAUAGUGAAACAACAAUCACCAUGCUUUCUAGCCUAUUUAAGCGAUAUAUACAGUGUUUUAUUCCUUUCUCCAUGCAGAUUGAAUAUUUAUACAGGCAAGUGUGUAUAUCCAGAUUAUAUCCAAAAUUCAUACAUACACAGGUUAGAUUUGUUCAAAGACUUGCCCCGAUAAAAUACCAUUGAGUUUCCUGAAAUGGGAUUGUAUUAUUGAUGUCCAUGGCACAGUUGCUUGAACAGGUAGGAUCAGGCAGAGAAACUUAAUUCAUUAUUCAUUGCCCAAGCUUUGGGAAGCAUAAUAAACAGCCACCAAAAAUAUUGGUUAUAGAACAUUACUAUUGCUUGAGGUGUCACUGAGCCUGUAUUACAUUGUUAUUGUUGGUGUAAAUUACAAUAUUUCUCUUUAUUCAUACUAUCCGAGAAAGGUGAAUCACUUGUUUCA